AUGCCUGUCCACCCUGCUGAGGAGCGUGCCACUGGCAGCAUCACCGACCAGGUAGCCAAAGAGUCCUCCGACUCCACCGCAUCCUCGCAUCCCCUACACCAAGAGAAUACUGGCGCGACAUCUGGCGGCUCACUGGGUGCAAACGCUCACAAAGCCAAUCCGGGACCAGUCAUGGCUGAGAACAUGCCUAAGCCGGAGAGCAAAGAGGAGCUCAGGAGGAGGGCGGAAGAGCUGAACAAGUAG